AUGUCCAGCGACGGGUUUACCCCGAUACUCUCUAUGUUUUACGCGAUGUUCCACCCGACAGAGGGAACAAAGGUAGUUUGCCAGGUUCCUAGCGGGUCGGUUGUUCCGUCAGAUAGAAACAAAGACUCGUCUUCGUUUGCAGUUCCUUUGUUUGAUUUUGAUUCCAUUAAGAACUACGUGAUACCCAAACCAGCUCUCUGCAACAAGCUAGUCACUUUCAAAAUCAGCAAUUACCGUGUUGUCGGGUUUCCUGUGAAUAUCUACGGCUCUCACUAUGCCAGAAACUCGUUCAAUUUCAAUUUAUGCUUUGUUUUCAACUACGAAGAGGAUACAACUCCAUACGAAGGCCAUGUCAGACGUCUGGGACACAUGUUCCGCGCGCUAGAGGAACAAUCUCAGAUUCUCUCCAAAGCAGACAAGAACCACGAGGUUUUUUUCAAGCCCCAAAACGAGUCCGAGCCUGUGAAAACAUGGACCAAGUCUUCAAAUUAUAUUAAAACCAUACAAGACGAAGACAUUGGAAACGAGGGUGCAUACCAGAAUCAGGAACAGGGACAACCUACAGAGCCGAUACUAUCCUCGAUCGAGAGUCUGGUCCAACAAAUAUACCAGGAUUUGAACAACUACUCGGAAUGUCUCAUACCAAUUGAUUCUGCCAAUUCGGUCGAUAUCAAGCUGUUUCCUAUUUUGCCUCCACCUCCGGAAGUGGACGCAUGUGAUGUUCCUAUUGCCACUGUGAAAUUAGAGUCCAUGGUGGACCCUCUCUGGGAUCCUACAAUGGUGAAAAUACUGCCAUACAUCAACGGAAUCAAUUGUGUCAAGAAAAUCAGUGUAUUGGCGGAUUCCGACUACCAACUAACCAAACAGUGCAUACAGCAUCUGAUCCAUUUCAAAUCAGUCACAAUUUUAGAUAUUUUCCAGUUUUCAAACUGCUACGCUCCAACAUCGCACAUUGCAACCUUUUUACGCGAUCCUUCCAUGGCAACAGAAUGUCAAGGAUACGUGAUAUCCACCACAGGAACUUUUCCAGACAUGCCUCUUCGAAGAAGAAGAAUGUCGUCUUCCAAUUCGGACGUCGACCAUGCAAGCAUCCACUCCUCUUCGCUGGGAGCAGACCGCCCAUCAAAUACACCCGAUGCCCAUCACGCAUCGUUUUCUCCGCGAACAAAUUCACUGUACCAGAACUUCAAGCCAUCGAAUUCCAAAAUGCAGAUGGUUCCUCUUCCAUCCAAGGCCACUUUGUUUUACCUUUACUGCUCAAUGAACCAGAAUCUGACUUUAAAGCAAUGGUAUGUUGAGAACAGCAAGUUGCUGGCUCAUAUUGAUAUUAGACGUCUUAUCACAUUUGGAGUUCUAAGAGGAAUAAUCUAUAGAGUGCGUUCAUAUCCAGUUUCCGGAAAGCUUUCGUCGUCCAUUGACAUUGGAACGACCUAUUCCAACCACAAUAACGCAAGCCAUCUUAAAAGUGCUUACAACGUUUCGGUGCUACCAGUCACCAAACCAAGUUUUCAAAGAUUGAGCAACGACUUUGACGAAGAAGAUGAACUGGUUGAAGCAGACGAGCUCAAUGACAAGUUUGUUGACCUGUUGGACCUGAAAUCCGAAAGGAUCAAAAGACAAAAGGAAGCAAGAUUGUUGCGUCUUUUAAAAAAAUGUAAGGACUUUGACAUGAUCUGCACCGAGAUGUCAAUGCCCAGAAAAGAUGUGAUGGAGUUGCUUACACGAUUAGGCGAAUGGAACGUCGUUAACUCGUAA